GGGAGCCAGCACUCGCUCUUGCUGAGGCUUCGCUGGAGGUGCCUGCCUGUCAGAAGUCCUGCUUCUCACAAUGAAAACUCUGCUGGGCAGUCUGCUGUUCCUUGUUACCUUGGUGACGGCAUGCAAGGCAGUGUGCUUUCUUGAACCACGUAAGGGUCUUCCAGACCAGCCACCUGGUGACUGCGUGGAUCCUGAUGGUACCAAACAUCCCCUGGACUCUUACUGGGUGAAGGACUGUAAUAGGUGUUUCUGUGGACCAGAUGCAAUCAGCUGCUGCAGCCUAACCAGUAUACCCAAAGGCUACGACAAAGAGAAGUGUAAACAAGUUUUCCACCCAGAGAACUGCACCUACAGCGUAGUGGAGAAGACGAACCCAGGAAAGUCCUGUCCUGUUCCUGCCUGGGUACUGUAAAUGAGCUUCCAGAGGGUCCCAAUGUUGAGCCACAUUUGAAUAUUUGUAUGAUGUAAAAGUAUCCGUUAUAGGCUGGGUGGUGGUGACUUAUCAUCCCAGCGCUUGGAAGCAGAGGCAGGCAGAUCUCAGGCCAGCCUGUUCUAUGGAGGGCCACACAGAGAAACCCUGUCUUCAA